CUUUGUGCUCCUACUCGAUAUCAAUUGACGAAGCGGCAUCUGCCCAAAAAAUAUUGUGCGAUGGUUCGACAGGUUUUUGUUGGUCCAUUGAUUCAUACAGAUGAUAACGAGACAUUGAUUAUUAUUCAGCAUGGUGCUAUAUUAGUCGAGGAUGGCAAGAUUAUCAAUGUUUUGACAGACGUUAAUAUGUCAACAGCAAAGAACUAUAACAUCCCUGACGAAGUUUUUAUAUUAGAUGAUGGACAAUUUCUAAUACCUGGAUUCAUCGACGGUCACACUCAUGCAGUUCAGUUUCCAAAUCUUGGGAUAGGCUACGACAAAGAUCUCUUGGGCUGGCUGGAGACCUACACUUUCCCAUUGGAAAAGAAAUAUAGUGAUGUGAAUUUUGCGGCACAAGCUUUUGAAGCAGCUGUAAAACAAACUAUCAGAGCGGGCACAACGACAGCAUGUUACUUUGCAUCUCUAUACGCUGAGGCGUCUACGAUUCUUGCGCAAAAAGUCAUGCAGUUUGGUCAACGAGCUUUCAUCGGAAAAGUGAAUAUGAAUGUUUCUCGCGAUGAUGGAUAUUAUGAAACUACUGAAGCGUCGAUUAAAAACACUGAACGUUUCGUGAGAGAAAUUGAGCAAUUAGGGAGUCCACUUGUAAAACCGAUUAUCACACCGAGAUUCGCAUUGAGCUGUGAUAUGGAAUUGAUGCAAACAUUAGCAAGAAUGGCUCUAGAAAAGAAUCUGCAUAUACAGACUCACGUUUCCGAAAAUAAAGCGGAAAUACAAGCGGUACGGAAAACUUUUCCGCAACAAUCUUCAUACUCCGCUGUUUAUGAUGCCGCUGGUCUUCUUACAUCUAAGACGGUAUUGGCACAUGGAAUUUACCUCACGGACACUGAGCUCACUAUGAUUAAAACGCGUGAAACUGCUAUAAUCCAUUGUCCAUCUUCUAAUACAUGUUUGAAAAGCGGUCUCUGCGAUGUGCAAAGAUUAAGAACUGAAAAAAUUAAAGUCGGCCUCGGAACAGAUGUUUCAGGUGGAUUCAGUUUUAGUAUGUUGGAUGCAAUGAGGUCAGCUUUGCAAGUGUCAAAUCAGUUAUUUAUAUUGAAAAAUAAUUAUAUACCACUUAAUUAUAAGGAUGUCUUCUAUAUGGCGACUUUAGGAAGUGCUAAUGCACUCUCAAUCGGUGACAAAGUUGGUAAUUUUCUACCAGGCAAGGAAUUUGAUGCUCUUAUAAUAGAUUUGAAUUCAGAUGGCAGCGUAUUAAAUGACUUAAAUGAAAUUGAAUAUACACUUGAAGAAAAACUCCAAAGAUUUAUACAUUCUGGUGAUGAUCGUAAUAUAGUAGCAGUAUAUAUAAAUGGUAGAAAGGUUAAAUGA